AUGAAGAAAUUGGUGAUUUCAUCCUCUGCUGUAUUUAGGAAGAAGAGUGUGUGGGAGCUCUCUCUUCCAAAUGCGAGUCAUCAGUUACCUUCUUCUAGCAUCAAUAAUUUUCCAUCAUCCAUAGUAGAUUCUCGAAUGAAACAACUAGGGUCAUCAAGUCCUGUCUUUAGACAAAAAUCAAUUCUUUCCGAUUUGAAUAGAACACAAACUCAGCAACAAAAAUCCAAGUCUUCAUCAGAUUCUGAUCAGCAAGAACAACAAAAGAAGAGUUUUUCAGCUGGACAAUCCACAUCGGGAUCCAAAUUUAAAAAGUAUGCCAUAUGGACUGCCAUAGGUUUAUUGAGCACAGCAGGAUGGCUUGAAUUAAAUUAUAGAAGCAGUCCAGAAUUUUCAACUGGGGACUAUAUCAGAAAAUUAAUCUAUGGAAAUCCUUAUAGAAAUUAUUUUAAUACAAAGAAUGGAGUAAUUUUGGAAUUGUCUGUCGAUAAUAACGCUACGGUUGCUGACGCCAAUGACGUGGGUGAGGGCACAAAGAAACUAGUUUACAUUUCAGAAGAAGGACAUAUUCACUUGAUUAUUCCAGAUAAUUUUGUUCAACCAGGCUUACUCGCAAAUGAAUCAUCUGCGUUCAGAGAUUCUGGUAAAUUCCGAUUGACUGACAUUACAGGAAAUGACCUUAUUCUUGAAUGGAACAGAAUUAACACUGUUCUAAGAACAAAUCUACAAUCCACCAUGACGCCAACUGAAGAGGUUUUGAAAGCAUGUGCUUACAAGUAUGUGGAGUCAUUACUGGAACGAACGGAGGGAGUCACCAUUCAAAGAACCGAAUAUAUUCACAUUCCUAAUCCAAAAUUUCCCAAGGCCUCUGCUUCAAGAAACUUACCACCUCCUCUUGAUCCAAUGCCAGCAGAUCUUCCUUAUAAACGUAUUGCAACAAAGAGUGGUAUAGAUAUGGUUGUGGUUGUGAGCUCUCAUCCUGUACAAACAGACUCUGAAAAGAAGUUGUGGCGUGGUGAUUUGUGGUUCAUUCAUUUCCCUUAUGUCUAUCACUUUAGUGUGAAUCAUCCAGAACAAGGCAUGGAAUUGGCCAACUUUUUGCACAAUCUUAAAUUAGAUCCAAGCUCUCCACAAGCUAGAGACGUUGUGAAACAGGCUGCUUUGCAAUUAACCAACAAACCUGAAGUACUGGAACAAAUCACAAACAAAACAUUCUCGCCAGAACGAUUGACACAAGACCCUGAAAAGAUUGCCAUGUUAGUAAGGAACGAUCUGUUGCGUCUGCAGCACGACAGUUUCUGCAAGUUCAUAUCUGUGUAA